AUUAUUUUUACUGUAACUAAAAGCCAACCAAGAGACUUGUGAAUUAUAUUAAUUCCAAAAACACCGCAACAAAAAGCCAAUUGAAACAAAAGCUCUGCUCUCGCACGAAAAAAAAAGCUCUGCGCCGGUCUCGUAAAUCAGUCUGAAAAGCUAAGCAGCAGAUUCAGUUAUUGCUAAACUUUUGCCACACAAACAAGCCCAAAAAAGGAGAGCUGAAAAGAAACAAGAAGCAAGAAGAAUAUUUAAAAGUGAAGUGCUGAAAAAUAUCAGAAAAUACAACACAAAACUGUGAUCCAAAGAAAAUAGAGAAAAAAAAACCCUGAAGUUUUGUGCCAGUGCAAGUGCAGGGAGAAAAAUAUCCACUUUCCAUAAACCAAAAAAUCCAUAAAGACAGACCAAAAGCCAAAAAAUAUGAUGGGUACAAUGUCGCUGCGCCAGCCCGAGAACUGGCUCUACGAGAUCUGGCAGAAGGGCUACGACAGCCCCUGCUAUGUGAUGGUGCCCAAUGCAAAAGAUCUGGUCAAAUCGCAUCUCAUGAUCGCCGUGCGCGAGGAGGUGGAGGUCCUAAAGGAACGCAUCUCCGAGCUAAUGGACAAGAUCAAUAAGCUGGAGCUGGAGAACAACAUCCUAAAGUCGAACAUACCGCAGGAGACGCUGCAGCAGCUGCAGAUGCAGCUGCAGAUCGCCGGCACCCAGCAGCCGGCGGCAGUGGGCGCCCCCCCGGCCACGCCGGCCAUCCAGGCCCCACCUGCAGCGACAGCGGCAGUGGCAGUGGCUGCUGGCGCUGGUCAGGCAGCAGUGGCUACAGUGGGAGCAGCUACCAGUCCCGCAACGGCAGCGGCCCCCACAACCAUUCCCAAUGGCAGCGCUGAGAAUGGCAGCAGCGUCAUUGUCGAUGCAGUGGCAGCGGUGGAGCAGCAGGUGCAGUCAGCAGCAGCAGCAGCAGCGGCAGCGGCAGCGGCGGCGGCGUCUGGACAGACAGCGCCUGUGAACACGAACGGCCCCAUGUCCUAGGCUGUGGGUGUUAGUGUUAGUUUUCUCUCCUGGAACGUAACAUGGCCGAGGCGUACACAGACCCGGCCACUGGAAUGUGGGAAGAGUAACCGUAAUGUAAGCUCAACUUUGUCUCUUUCGAAUGCCAGCGUCGCCGCAGCCUGCGGCACACGGACCGAGCAAGAGGGAGAGAGCAAAGCGAAACUCAGAGCAGGACGGCAACAAUAACAGUAACAGAAAUAGCAACAGCAAAUGCAAACCAUUUAACAGUCUGCAAAUGAAAGUAUUAGUUAACAGCGAAUGUUGUCUGGACAUGUGCUAUUGUUGCUGGCUGUUCCUGUACCGCUGUGCAGUCGCUGUUUUGUUAAUUUCUCGAUUGUGAUAUUUGUUUAACACACACACAGACACACCACCACCACCACCACCACACACAACACACACAUUUAAGCAAUUCAUACACAUACAGACCAACACACAACACACAUAGACUGCACGUUAACAAUGGCUGCGGCUGCAUGCUGUUAACGUCUGCUGUUAUGCUUAACAGAAGAAGAUGAAGAAUUACAGUUAGUUUUAAAGAGGCGCUGCUGCGCGGAAACAGACAUGAUUUUGUCCACCGUCUUUGUUUGAUUAUCUUUUAUCCUUGUUUACCGUUUGUUUCCAUGUUAUUAACGCUACAAAUAAAACGUGAAAAAACCCCAAUAUAAAAUAAAAUACCAUGUAGAUGUAUACUAUGUAAUGGCCACAAAAUAAUACUUGCAGAAAGUAGAAUUUUGGCCAAAAACAGCAGCAACAGAAAACACACACACGCAAAUCAAUAAACUGUAAAAGAGAGCGCUUGGGAAAUGCAGAAAAAGAAUAAGAAGAUGAAGAAGAAGCGGAAGAGGAUGGAAGGAUGAAGGAAGAUGGUAGAGAAGGAUAAAGAAAGGAAAUGUAAAGAAAAAUAUGUGAUAAUUUGCAUUGUGCAGUCAGAGACAUAAGAUGUAAAUUGUAAAAAAGCAAAUAACAAGAGAAGCGAGAAAGUAAAAUUCAAAUUUCCACACAAUAUUUAAAUAUGAUAAAAAAAAGCCAGCUGCUAUUUUUAUAAUUUACAUUUAAAACCUUACUUUU